CGCACGCACAAGCAUGAUGAACAAAGCGAGACUCUCGAGAGCAUGCUGGCUGUCCACCAGCGCAUGGCCACUGAAGCCGCUCCAUCUGCAACCUUUGGCCUCAGCCCCAUCAGAUCUGGAGAUAGCACAGGCUCAGAAGCCAAAGCCAAUUGCCCAGUUGGCAACUGAGAUCGGUUUACAUGACGAGGAGCUUUCGUUGCACGGGAAGUACAAGGCGAAGGUGGCGCUCUCGGUCCUCAAUCGGCUUGAGAAUGCUCCCCAAGGCAAGUACGUCGUCGUCGGUGGAAUCACGCCAACGCCACUGGGCGAGGGCAAGACGACGUGUGUGAUGGGACUGGCUCAAGCCUUUAGCGCGCAUCUCAACACAAAUAGCUUUGCGUGCGUCCGACAACCGUCACAAGGCCCGAUCUUUGGCAUCAAAGGCGGUGCGGCGGGCGGUGGUUAUGCUCAAGCCAUUCCCAUGGACGAGUUUAAUAUGCACUUGACCGGUGACAUCCACGCCAUAACAGCCGCCACCAAUCUUUUGGCCGCCGCCAUCGACGCCCGUAUCUUUCACGAAUCUCAGCUGACAGACGAAACGUUGUACGCGCGUCUCGUCUCAAACAAGUGUGCUCCAUCACAACCCAAAUUUACCCCGGCCAUGCAGCGCCGCUUGGGCAAGCUCGGCAUCCGGGGCAAUGACCCAGCUGAAUUAUCAACGUGCGAUCGAGCUCGGUUCGCCCGACUCGAUAUUGACCCGUCGACACUCACCAUCAAGCGGGUGCUGGACACGAACGACAGGUUCCUGCGCCAAAUUUCAAUCGGGCACAGUCCGACGGAAAAGGGUCAAGUCCGGAGCACCGGCUUUGACAUCAGCGUCGCGAGCGAGGUCAUGGCGAUCUUAGCGUUGGCGCGCGACAUGCUCGACAUGCGCACUCGCAUCGGUGCUAUCGUCGUCGGCUUUAGUCGCGACGGUGCUGCGAUUACUGCGGACGAUAUUGGCGUCGCGGGGGCUAUGAUGGCUCUCAUGAAGGACGCGUUGCAACCAACGCUCAUGCAAACGCUCGAGGGCUCACCAGUGUUCGUGCACGCGGGGCCGUUCGCCAACAUCGCGCAUGGUAACUCGUCCAUCAUUGCGGAUAAGAUUGCGCUGAAGCUUGUGGGGCGAGACGGCGUCGUCGUCACAGAGGCUGGCUUUGGUGCAGAUAUGGCAAUUGAAAAGUUUUGCAACAUCAAGUGCGCCAGCAGCGGUCUGCGUCCCGACUGCAUCGUGCUUGUCGCGACGGUGCGCGCGCUCAAGAUGCACGGCGGCGGUGCACCCGUUGUUGCCGGGAAACCAAUGCCGGCCGAGUAUCUCACGGAGCGUGUCGACCUCGUGCGCACCGGGUGCGCCAACCUACGUGCGCAGGUACAGAUCGCCGCGUCUUUCGGUGUUCCCGUCGUCGUCGCUGUGAGUCCGUUUAUGCAAGAUUCACCAGCGGAAUUGGACGCGAUUAUCAACGAAGCAAAGGCUGCGGGCGCGACCGACGCUGUCGUCGCCCGCUACCACGCGCUCGGUGGUCGAGGCACGGUCGACUUGGCUGAGGCUGUCAUCGCUGCUACGUCGUCGCCCCGAUGUCCGUUUGUUCCAACGUACGACUUGCAAAGCUCCAUCGAAGCCAAGGUUGAUGCCAUCGUCCAUAUGAUUUACGGUGGCGGUGGCAGCGAUUGGAGUUCGCUGGCAAAAGCACGUGCAAGCUGGUAUGCGUCGAAAGGCUUCGGCGACCUCCCCAUUUGCAUGGCCAAGACGCAGUACUCACUCUCCCAUGACCCGGCGUUGAAAGGCCGCCCCGUCGACUUUAUCGUGCCUAUCACGGACGUGCGCUUGUUCGCUGGCGCUGGCUUUCUCACUGUGCUAACAGGCGACGUGGCAACGAUGCCAGGCCUCGCCACGCGCCCCAGCUUUCAUGAUAUUGAUGUCCUCCCAGACGGCACAAUCACAGGCCUCUCGUAGCUCGAACCAGAAUACUUCGUAGCUCAAACCAGAAUACUACUUCGGCGGAUUAUCCGCCUUUAGGUCUGGGAGGGUUUAAGCAAAAAAAUACCAAGAUUCAAGCAUGGGGGUCGUA